AGUGAAAGUGUUUGUCCAUUUUCUCAACACUAUGUGGUGUCCGGUUGUGAAUAUGCGCAAGAGAUCGCUGCAGGGCUUGGCAGAAAACAUAUUGGGGAAUUUUGUGUGGGUGUUUGCAGCAAUGGCAAUGGAAAGUGAGGUAAAAUUUGAAAGCUUGGUUGUUAAACUCAGGAAAGGCAUUGAGCAAUACAAGGAAAAGUAUCCGAAUGGUGUUACUGGUGAGGAUAUAUUUCAAGCCAUUAAAGGGUCUGGCAACCUCGCGGAAAGGGAUGAUUUAGAAACCAAUACUUGCAGCAGCUGGUGCAGGCUUCCCUUGUACGAAACCGAAUUUGGAUGGGGAAAGCCAUUGUGGGUGAGUACUCGUAGUACAGUCAAGAAUACAAUUAUGUUCAUGGAUUUGAGCGAUGGGGAAGGCAUAGAAGCGUCAGUGACGUUGAAAGAAGAAGACAUGAUCAUAAUUGAAAGCAAUGAGGAGCUGCUUGCAUACGCUUCUCUAAAUCCAACUGUCAUUUAAUUAUUAGUAGCAAAAAAUAUGCCUGCAAUUUAGUUUCCUUGGGUAGUUGUGUUGUAGCCUUUCAUUUCUUCUAAGCAAUCAAUUAAAAAAUAAACUUGAGCUUUCUCACUUAAACACUGAGCAAAGAAUGCAUGGCCUUGUUUGAGAGCAACUCGGAGCUGCUUGCAUAUGCUUCUGCAAAUCCAAGUGUCACCUGGUGACAUAGAGCCUCCUCUGCUAUUAAUUGUCUAUGCGUGUUUGAA